AUGUGGUCAGAGCUUUCUCGAGGCCUAGGCCCCGCAUCCGAGCAGUACUUGCCCAUCUUGAAAAGUCGUGUGCUAGAUGAUCUUCAGCAUCAACCAUGCAAGCAGAAGUUAGCUCUGUAUCAGGAGAUUUUCGGCAUGAGCACAAAGGAGCUUCGUACGGUGGCCGAAGUUUUCAGUCCAAACCGUUUUGUUCCCAGGGCUCAUCGACAUGGACUAAACGGGGGCAAGGCAUUUGACAUUGUUCUAGGACAAGAUCUACUUCAACCAGAGGCACAAGAAGCCGUGAUCAGUUACAUCAAGCAUCAUCGUCCUGGACUUUGUGUAGUCUCUCCUCCUUGUGGUCCAUUUUCGCAGUUGAACAACCUCAGCAAGCACAUGCGGGAGCAGAACAUGUCAGCCAUGAAGCGUUACCUUAAGAAAACCAAGGAAGGCAAGAAGCUGUUGAACUUUGCCAUGUCCAUUUGUCAGAUGUGUUACAACAUGGGUAGCGUCUUUUUGUUUGAGCACCCUUGGGCUGCCCAUUCAUGGCGAGAAGAUUGUGCGCGGCGACUACUGCGGCAGCCAGGUAUCCAUCGGGUUCGGAGUGAUCAGUGCAUGUAUGGUCUAAAAGAUGCUCGGCAGCAACCUUUGAGGAAAGCCACUGGACUCAUGACCAAUAGUUUGAGUCUCGCCCUCAAGCUCCAACAGACUUGUCCAGGUGAGCACGAGCACUCCUGGAUCCUUGGCACGUUGGACGGCAAGCUCAAAUCGCAGCAGGCCCAACACUAUCCGCUUAAGCUCGUGGAUGCCAUCUUGUCUGAGUAUAGCCGUAGCAUGCAAGUGGAUGUGCACACGCUUGAUGUGGUUUCUAGUUCCGACAUUGUCAAGAUUGAUGCAGAUCAUUACCAUGCAUAUUUUUCCGAGAGUGAGCUUGCAGAGAUUCAUCACAAUUUGUGUCAGCAAAGCACCUUGGACGUUGACGUUCCAAGCGAGGUUUGGCAUCAGCAUGAUGAUCCGGAUCCACUCCCUGAAGUUGAUCCUUUUUCUGCAGGUGUGGAUCCCGAACAUGUAGAACAGGAGGGUGUUCAUGAUCUUUCGGAUUUUCGUGCAGUGGUUGUGAAGAAGCAUUGCAAUUGCAUUCCGCUUCCUCCUGAUGAUCAUGCGGCAGGGGAAUUUUAUUGGCGUAGCAGUUGGUCUCUCCGAGGUGCAACUUGGCGACUUCUGGAGGACGAGGUCCGCUGGAAAGAGUUGCAUCAACCUAGUCCCCAAGUUGAAGCUAGUGACCUAGCGGUAGCUCUGUGUUCCAGAAAUUUGGGAGAUCACCAAUUUCGAAGAAUGCGGCAUUUUCCUGGACUUCAAAAGGUCAAUCUAGAGCGACUGGUCCGCAGAGCUCAUGAGGGACUGGGUCAUCCGGAGACGGAGAGGUUCGUAAGAAUUUUGCGACAUGGCAAGGCUCCACAAGCUGCGAUAGACAUUGCAAAAAGCCUGCCAUGUUCUGUGUGCCAGACCUACAAGCUUCCGGAUCCGGCAAGACGAGGAGCCCCGCCACGGGAAACCACUGCGGUGAAUGACAUGAUUGGACUGGGUACGGUCCACCUCAGGGACCAUCAGAAUAAUGCGGUGCCUGCAUUGAGUACCGUAGAUUGGGGCUCGCGUUUUCAACUUGUCAUUCCUCUUCGCCAGGAGACUUCCGAGGCGGUCCGCGAAGCCUAUCGACAGUGGACGAAGUUUUUUGGACCCCCCCGUAAGAUACUCAAUGAUUUGGGUACUGAAUUUCGAGCGCAGCUCACUGCACAAGCCGAGAGGGAUGGUAGUGAAGUAGUGCCGGGACCUCUUGAGGCGCCCACACAACGAGGCUUGACAGAGCGAGCCGGCGGCAUCCUCAAAGACUUGUUGUACAAGGCAAUGGCGACCUAUCCAUGUAGCACCCUUGCUGAGUGGAAAGAAUUGGUCGAUAUCACUUGCAUGACUCGCAACAGACUCCUUCUUCGGGCAGGUUAUUCCCCAAUUCAGAGAGUAAUGGGCUAUACACCCCGAUUACCAGGUGGACUUCUCAGUGGCGGUGAGAACGACAUUGCCGCUGCUGAUCUCCAAAGGAUUGGCGACCUUGACGCCAGUCGGGCGAUGCGAAUGCGCAAGGCAGCAGCUUGUGCUUUUCACGAAGCAGACUGCGACCAAGCUCUUCGAGCCGCGGCUUUGGCUGGAAGAAGGAAGUUCCAGAACUUCGAGGUGGGCCAGCUUGUCUACUACUGGCGUAGGGGUGCUGGGACGACCAAGAAUCCCAGACAAUCCUACUGGACAGGACCUGGACGAGUUCUUCUCACGAACUUGCCCAGCACGGUUUGGAUUGCUCACGGCAACACCAUCAUCAAGGCAGCUCCCGAACGAGUUCGCAUGGCAUCCGAAGAAGAGUCGCUCUCCAUCUCUGGAUGGUUGGAUGGCAUCACUCAAGCUCGGGAAGCCUUCGAGAAGAUUCCUAGACGUGACUUUGUCGACUGCUCUCAGGACGACGACCCCAUCGAUGAUGACGAGAUGAAGGACUACGAGCCCUCCGACAACGAAGGUCUCGAACCUGAUCCUCCUGGCGAUCCUCCUGGUCGGCGAGUUCGGCGCAAGAUGACUAACUAUGCCAGGCCGCUUGAACCACCGCCUGAUCUUUCUGACGAUCGUCCUUCAGAUGCUCUUCUGCCACGCCAGAAGAACCUCCCGGACUACCUGCAGCCUCUUCCGAGAGAGCUAGCUCCAGACCGCAAGCGAGAAGCGGAGAUGCCGGAAGCAGCUCCGCCCGAAAAACGAUCGAGACUUGAGCUCUUGGAAGUCUACAACCUUCAGCUGCAGGCCUUAGCGAAGCAGAGGGCCCGAAAGGAAGCUCGUGCUUCCGACUUUGUAGGUGCAGAUGCUUCUAGACUCCAAAGGGCCAUUAGCAAGGAGAUCCGCAACAACCUCCUGACGGGCGCCUAUGAGCUUCUGUCGCCUCAAGCUUCGGAUCAGGUGCUCAAGCAUAAGUCCGACAAGGUCAUGAACUCUCGCUACGUCUUGACCAAGAAGCCUCUCGAGCCUUUUGAGGUGGAUGGAGCACGUGCUGAAGACAUUCUCCUUGAAGAUGAUGGUCUUGGCCCCAAAAAGGCCAAAUGCCGCCACGUCAUGCAAGGGUUUUCAGAUCCCUCAGCCUUAGACGUGGAGAGCACGACUCCUCAAGUUCAACGCGACUCAGUGGUUUUCGUAGCUCAAGUUCUUGCAAGCAUGUCCUGGAUUCCUGGUUUUCUUGAUUUUACUCAAGCUUUCCAUUCUGGAGACAAGAUUGCUAGAGAGUUGUACUGCCGCCAGCCUCCUGAAGGAAUUCCAGGUGCUCACCGCAACCAAGUCUUACGACUUCUUAAGACUUGCUAUGGCCUGACGGAUGGACCAUACGCAUGGUUCCAGCACCUAACUCGGAGGCUGACCCAGGACUUCGGCUAUCAGGUCAGUCAAUUUGAUCCCUGCGUCUUCUAUCUCAAGGAGACGACCGCCAAGGAGUUCAAGCAGCUCAAGGGCAUCAUCGGCCUUGCCACGGACGACAUGAUCCACGGCGAUGACGACGACCACUGGGCCAUCAUCGAGAAGAUUGCCACCGAGUACAAGCUGGGCAAGAACCAAAAGGGCCAAGGCAGGUUCACUGGAAAAGACAUCAAGUUGGAGCUCGAUGGCUCAAUCAGCAUUCGCCAGGCGUUCUACGUCAAGGACAAAGUGAUCAUCAACCAGAUCGCUCGCAAGCGCAAGCAACAGCGCUACUCAAAGUGCACCGCCGCAGAGAUCGAACAACUUCGUAGUCAGCUUGGUGUUCUUUCUUGGCUGUCGAAAGAGACACGCUGUGACCUGGCAGGCAGAGUCGCACUCCUGCAGCAAGCUUUUCCAGAACCACGGGUUGCUGACCUCAUCGAGGGUAAUAAGAUCGCGGCUGAGGCAAUCAAGAAUGCCGAUCUUGGCGUUCGAGUGAUGCCCAUUCCUUGGGACCAGCUUCGAGUCUCAGUGGUCACUGACGCUUCCUGGGGCAACUCCAAAGACAAGCUCUGGCUCGAGGACAGUUCUGACGAUUACUGGGAGGAAACCGAAACGGAGUGGAUUCGACACCACGUUUCUCCUCGAAGGACCACUUUCCAUCCUGGAGCCUCACCUCAAGGACCAGAUCUUCAUCUUCUGCUACCAGAACGUCGCACCGAGAUCUACAAUGACCACGGCAAGAUUCGCACACCGAGACGGUCAAGGACCAGUGGUGUGACCAAAAGGGCAUUAGGGUUCUAA